GCUGUCUCCAGUGGGUCUGGGUUAACGUCUUUUUUCGAUCGUUAAUCAAGAUAAUAAUACUCAAAACGAUAGCGAUACAUAAUAAACAUUAAUUAAAAUCAAAAGUGCCCAGUGAGUGUCUUACUCAGUUUUCAGGUAGGCACUAGGCGAUAUGAAAAUCAGUUUGUAUUUUUUCCUAUUUUAUGUGUGUAAUACGGCAUGCAAUGGCGAUAAAGAAGCCGAAGAGGAGGCGAGCAGGAAACGGAUACUUGACCAAUUGACGAAAACACGCACAGUGAUACUGGAUGACUACCAUUUGGUCACUAGGCAGAUAGCGACCGAUGUAUAUAUGUACAGAAGCUACCGCACUGUGUCUGUUGUGUUUUAUCCCGUCAGGAAAGACGUUAGCGAUGCACGCUUCACAUUCCAGGCUGAAGAGCUUCAUUUAAAUAACAUUGGCAGGUGCGACCCUCAAGAUGUCAUAAUCAACAUAAAGCACGGCUCCUACCCAGCCGUGAACCCUGACGGGUACCCCUUCCCUAAAGACUUCGUGGACCCGGCAACCAGGGACAAUAUACACACGGUGGAACUGCUGUCGGAUGGCAAGAAUAAGUCUUACAGUAUAACCCACCCCAAGCCUGGUUCUUGGUACGCGCUGGUGUAUAGGAAAUGGGAGGAUCCUAGGACUCAGAAGGUUGAGCAGCAAGGUCUCGUUGCCGACUGCCACACAAUCUUAUACACGGACCUGCAAGUGAAAAUAGACGAUGACAUCCGACUUAUAGACUGUGAUCAGGGCAUCACCAUCUCCUACUCGAAUAUUCCCGCCACCUACAAGUGUAUGGUCGUCGACAACAUACAGCCCGUCAACUUCAAUUUUACAAUCACGAACACUGCCAGUGCUGACAGAGACGUCAUCUUCCUUGUACAAGCCCUAUACCAACCCACUCUAGAUAAUAACCUCCUCUCUUGUUACUUCGACCCAAGAGCCAGCAAUGUACACUCAGUUAACUUCAUUCCUCAUCCCAACGCGUGGCAUUACUUCAGAAUAGAACACUAUACCCCCGACAAUGAUACCAAAAUCAAUGACUGUAACAACCUAUACUAUGCCAGAACGGAAGAAGACGAUCUCAGCAAUCAUUCCGUUAUAGACCUUAUGCGCGAUGACAAAGGUCGCUUUUUCACAUUCGACUACGGCUUGCCUACCACUGAUUUGCAAGACGCAACCAGCUUAGUCAAUCUGACCUCGGACGAAGUGAAGUCCUUAAGGUUUCCGGUGACCAAAAUCUUAGAUAUCGGAGGCACUUUAGCUUUGGAAGCUAGUCUGCUUAUGAAAAACUUAAAAUAUUACAUGGGAUGGAAAAGAGAUCGGAAAGGUGUCCAAGGAAAUUUGCUGGCGUUUACGGAGGAUAGCCAGUAUAUGCGAGUUGUGAUCUGUUUGGACAUCGGUCACACGAGCUUGCCCUUAUCGUCCGGACACUGCCAAUACAACGAUCACGUGAAGCCGGCUCUGUUCGUGUUGAACAGCACGGACUCGGAGUCCAUAGACGAUAAAGUGAUAAUUCCUUUUCCCGACGACGGGCAGUGGUAUCUGACGUUCCGUUUGUUUUGCGAUGAAGUCGUCUGUCCUUGUCGGACGUUCGAUAACGGUACAAAGUAUUACGUGAACUCGAGCGUGCUAGACAGGGACGAGGAAGACUUGGGGAACGUGUCGAUGCGAGAGGGGGAGAAGGAUUGCAACGUGACGGUGGUGCUGUCAAUUUCAUCGUCGUCUUGCGUAGGCGGCCGCUGCGGGAACCACGGCAGCUGUUUGCUCAACACGUUCGGGGGACUGAUUAUGUCAUUUUGCUCCUGUACGGCUGGUUACGGAGGCUGGGACUGCACUGACGACUCAAGGAUGGACAGCAGCGUCUCCAUGAUCGUGUCAGUACUGCUCCUGACCCUCAGCAACAUGCUCUUCUUCAUCUCCAUCUACGUGGCCAUCAUCAGGCUGUACUACACCGAAGCCAUGAUGUAUGGGUUCACCAUGGUCUUCUCUACAUUCUACCACGCCUGCGACGCGCCCGCUCAGGUAGCCUACUGUAUAACCCGACCGAACAUUCUACAGUUCGGAGACUUUUACUGUGGCAUCAUGUGCUUCUGGGUAACAUUGCUGGCCAUGGCCAUCAUGGGUGAUAAACUAAGAUCCUCAUUACAACUGAUCGGUGCAAUAAUCAUAGCUUUACUCACUACCUGGAACAUGCAUUCUAUAGUCGCGUUUAUUUUACCUGUGGCGAUUGGAUGCGGAUUUUUAUUAUUAAGUUGGUAUCUAGAUUGGAGAAAGGCUCAUGCGUUAAUGUUCAAUAGAUCGUAUUACACGACUUUUUUGCCUAUAGGCAUAUUUUUGGUCGGUGUAGGUUUGAUCUGCUUUGCUUUCCUUCAGACUGAGCAGAAUUAUAAGAUUGUACAUUCGAUUUGGCAUAUGAUAAUAGCUGCAAGCGUAGUGUUCCUUUUACCGGAUAUAAAACGCGGAGACGAUGUCAACCCAUUCCUGCCCGGCCCCAAUUUCUGGAGACUGCCGUUUUGUAGCAAAUUCAACAGAUCUCAGACCCCUAACACUGUCAAUAGAUCUCAAACUCCUACAACAACGGCCCCGUUAACAGCAGACUGAAAGCGUCAAUUGCCAUCCAUUAUAAAAUGAGCCUUAAGUCGUUUUGCUAAGGUGCAAAUAAAAAUAACGCGUUACUGUUAGUAGUAAUUAAGAUAUAAAUGUUAUUUCCGUUAGUUAUGACAUUCUCCUACUAGUCAACACUAUUUUGAACGAGUACAGAUAUUUUAGUAAUUAGUAUAGCUCUUGAUAGUUAGGUGUAACGUAUUGAAUUCACAUGACAAUAGAUUGAUAGGUAAUAGUACAAUUUUCAUAUAUUUAUUGAAGUACAUGAAACAAAAUGAAAAAGACUGUGUGAAGAAUUAUAAAGAACUAAGUAGAGCCGGACUCGGACAUUGCUAUCGAGGUAAAUCUAUAAUGGGCGAUUGAUGGAUGCUAUAUAUUUAUCACUUACCUAAUUGUUAAACGAUAUUAACCCCUAUGAACGCCAAGAACCCUUAUUGGCGUCGUAAGAAGUCGUGCCCGUGGCGCCAAGAACGCUUAUAAGUGUUAUUUUUUUUAUACCACGACGGUGGCAAACAAGCAUACGGCCCACCUGAUGGUAAGCAGUCACCGUAGCCUAUGGACGCCUGCAACACCAGAGAUAUUACAUGCGCGUUGCCGACCCUUUAAAAACCUGUACACUCUUUUUUUGAAGAACCCCAUACUGUAGCCCCUCGGGAAAACCUCAGCUCAUUCCACAGCCGAAGCGUACGCGGGAGGAAAUUCCUGUUAUGGCGUACGUUGUCAAAGUAACCUUCAACGUUUCCAGUAUGGUUUAUAUUUGCCAGCUUAUGCCAGAAAUAUUGGCGUGUGCAUGACGUUCUUGGGUUCGACAGAUGGCGUUCAAAAGGUUAAGUUCGAGACAUAUGCAAUGUGUACAUGUCUAGAGCCUAAAAAACUUAGUGUACGGUACAUAUUUGUACCUAUAUACUGAAGACUAACCUACAAUGAAAGCUAAAAAUAUCAAUGCGACCAUUGCAUCGAUAUUUUACCCAUAACUGUACAGUGAUGAUGACUGUGGAAAGAGCUUCACCAAAUUGCAACCAUUACUCGCCCAUCAUUGUGUAUUUGGUGCCUUUAUGUCCCUUCUUCCUGGUACCCUUUCAAUGCCCUGAGUCCUGCCCUGGUAAUACGAAACCAACAUACCACGCCCCACGACCCCGUUAGAAAUUAACGGACCAAUUCUGAUGUGAUUUUAUGUGAUAGUGUACCAGAGUAUAUAGCUGAUUUUUUAUUAUUCUGUUUCGAUACUAAUAUUUUUAAUUGAUAUUGAUAACAAGGGAAGUCGAAGGCCCGUUCAAACUUUUGAUAUUUACAGCUACUUUCGUUUCUGAAACGGGUCUCGGUGUAAAUAAUAAAAUAUACAUCCAAGGGGCUAAUAACGCUACAUGCGAAGUACGUGGUGUAGUAAUACAAGCGACGGCAACGCACGGCGGGAAAAGAAUGUGAACUUUCGUGGGACUAUUUGACAGCUGUCAACUCAAUCAGAUAGUCAGUCAUGCACAGAUCGAAAAUUCGUCACGAUGGUCUUAGAGAUGAGUAUCUUUAGGGUUAACCGCUUAGGGCCACUUGCACCAUCCUACUAACCCGGGGUUAACCGAUUAGGCCUGGAGUUACCAUGAUUACCAGUACAAUUUGACACUGGGUUAACGGUUUAGCCGGGUACCCCCGGGUUAGUGGGAUGGUGCAAGUGGCGCUAAGUGUAACUGUUGGAUAUAAAAAAAAAUUACUGAUACUUCUGGACAAUAAGACUGUAGACCAUUCAAGUAAAAAUAUUAAAGCGUGGUCUUAAUACGACCUUAAUAUGUAAAUCUUAUUGAAGUACCUAUGUUGCAUUAUGUGCAUUGCAAGUAGGUAAAUCUACGUUUAUUUCAUGGCAAACGCACAAUUAAUUUAAAAAAAUGCAAUAUAUAUGACAUGUGACAAUGACAUUUCGCACAAGUUCUCAUAAACCUGUUGGCACAAGCCGGGGUUCGAAGCCACGACCUCAAAUUAGAAAGCAGCAAGCCUUACCACUUUGCUACCAACGCUCCAUGACGAAUUUUGGUAGUAUAAGAGGGCUCGUAUAAAUUACGUAAGGUGCGUUGGGGUAAGAUUGAAUGGGUUUUUCAUGAGGGCUAAGACAAAAAAU